GGCACGCGCAGCCGACUAGCAUCUAGCAUCUAGCAUCUAGCAUCUAACAUACUAUCCUCGCCUUAGUAAGCACAGCAAACAUAUCCAGAGUGAGUUAGGCAUUAAUAGGACGGAAGGUGGACACUCCUUAUACAAGCAGUCAUUGACAUAUUUCAACAUUUGUCGGUUGGUGGCUAAUGCUAACAACAACCCAACCUCGUCCUUCAUGCUAACUGAAGACAUCCGAUCAAGAUCAAGAUGAUGGAGUCUUAUUUAGCUGGGAAGCCAGAGAGAUUUGGUGGAGUGGAGGUUGAAGACAUCAAGAGAGACCUUCAGGAAGAAUUCUCUACUCUGCCAAAUAAGGAAGAUGGCAGCAUCCAGUCGGAGAACUUGCAGGUCUACCUGAGAGUUCGACCCUUUACAGCAUCUGACAAUGACGAGUCACAGGAUCAGGACUGCGUGACCCUGGAGGGACCAAACACGGUGGUCCUCAAAGCUCCCAGGACCAGUCAAUCCACCCGACAGGGCGACAAGCUCCUCCCACAAACUGCUCAAAGGUUUACCUUCACACAGGUGUUUGGGCCAGAUGCCAGUCAGAGGAGAGUGUUUGAGGGCUCAGUCCAUGGUUUGGUGCGAGAUGUUCUGCAAGGAGAAAACUGUCUGGUGUUCACUUACGGAGUCACCAACGCUGGGAAAACCUUCACCUUCCUGGGUCCUGACCAUGACAGUGGUCUGCUGCCCAGGUCUCUGUGGGCCAUCUUCAACAGCAUCCAAGGUCGUCUCUACACUCGCUGUGAUCUCAAACCUCAGCGCUGUCGAGACUUCAGCCGACUGACUCCAGAUCAGCAAACAGCUGAGAGCAGCAGCAAGAAGAACCUGCUGAGGAUGUUGAAAGAGAAUCACCUCACCUCUGCUCGCUCGACUUGUCUGGACAGUUCAUCUCUCAGCUCUGACUGCAGUGUAAACAGUGUGUGUGAGAGCAACAAGACCUUUCUGGACGUCCCAUCGAAUGUUGGCUUCUCAGUUUGGGUUUCAUUCUGUGAGAUUUACAAGGACAACAUUCAUGACCUACUGGAGCAGGUGCCGUUGAGACACGUCAAGAGGACUGUGCUGCGAGUGUCUCAGGACGUGAAAGGAAACUCCUUCAUCAAAGACCUGAAGUGGAUCCAGGUGAACAGCUUGGAGGAGGCCUACAGGGUGAUGAAAAUUGGAAAGAAGAACCAGAGCUUCUCCUCCACCAGACUUAACCAUCUAUCCAGCAGGAGCCACAGCAUUUUCUCCAUCAGGAUCCUGCGAGUGGAGGACAGCGGCGUUCCCAGAGUCCUGGGCAUUAGCGAGCUGGCCUUGUGCGACCUGGCCGGCUCCGAGCGCUGCUCCCGCACGCACAACACAGGAGAGCGCCUGAAGGAGGCGGGAAACAUCAACAACUCCCUCUUGACACUUGGGAAGUGCAUCAACGCCAUGAGGCUCAACCAGCAGGCCAAGAUCCAGCAUCACAUUCCCUUCAGGGAGUCCAAGCUGACUCAUUUCCUGCAGUUCUUCUUCUGUGGUGCCGGCAAGGUGACCAUGGUGGUCAACAUCAACCAGAGCGCCGCCUGCGUGGACGAGACGCUCAACGUCCUGAAGUUCUCCGCCCUUGCCCAGAAGGUGGUGGUGUUGAGCAGCAGGCCCGUCAGCCUGGAUGCCUCCGCCCACAGGUCGGCCAUGGAACUGUCCAUCAUCAUCGACCAGGCCGAGCCACGCAGGACGGGGGGCCGCAAGAGCUCGCUGCUGGCUUGGGAGAGCGGUCUAGAAGACGUGGCGGAGGACGAGGACGGUGAAGAGUGGGACCAGGAGGACCAGAGUGAGAUGGAGGGAACGGUGCUGGAGGCGCAGGAGGGGAACAAGACCUUGGAGGACCAGCAGAAGUCGGACAAGGAGGCCGCCUUGCUUGUUAUGGAGGCUCAGAUUCGAGAAGAGAUCAGCGCAGAGUUCAAGGAGCUCUUCAUGAAGAUGGAAAAAGACUUCAGCGAGCGUCUGGAGAAAGAGCGGGAGAUCUUGGAGGAGCGUGCGGAGAAGAAGGUGCAGAUCCUGCAGAACCUGUCCAGAAAGACUUGGGACUUGUCCAGCAGUGAGGUGAGCGAGUCACAUGACCUGGCUGCUGAUUGGCCCUUCAAGUCCUCUUCUGAGUCACAUGACCUGGCUGCUGAUUGGCCCUUCAAGUCCUCUUCUGAGUCACAUGACCUGGCUGCUGAUUGGCCCUUCAAGUCCUCUUCUGAGUCACAUGACCUGGCUGCUGAUUGGUCCUUCAAGUCCUCUUCUGAGCCACAAGACCUGGCUGCUGAUUGGCCCGUCAAAGAGGUGCUGGUGGGAAUCAUCGGCUCAGUGAGCCAAGACCUGGACCGGAUCAGAGCCGACGCAGAGAGUGUGCACCGAUGUCUGAAGCUGGAGCAGCAAUCAUGUGACCUGCAGGCCAACAAGCACGUGCACGCCAGGACGUGUGAGGUGAUGGACAGGUGGCAGCAGGAAGACACACAGAGGGAGAGUCUGGACCCUGAGCAGGAAGAGGAGGGAGGAAGGCACAGCACCAAAAGAGAAAAGCCCAGUCAGAAGAGCAGGGCGCAGUUGGAGGCGGAGCUAAAGCGCCAGCAGGAAGAAGAGCAGAAGUUGAAGAAGGAGGUGCAGAAGUUGACAGCCCAGGUGCACCAGUGUCCAAAGUGUGACUUGGAGCUGAGCAAGGAGAAGAAAGCUUUGGUGCAGCAGGAAAACCAAGGAGUCGCCGGCAUGUCGGAGCAGCGGACUGCCACCAAGGCCCGCCUGCAGGACGCAGCGGUCAGGACUGGUCAGGAAGUCCAGGAGGAGGCCGGCGUGUUUCACGCCAGCAUGGCCGAGCUGAGGAAGGAGAGCCAAGCGGCGCUGGAAAGAGCCGCCCACAAAUCUCAAGUGAUCCAAGAACUGCAGCGAGAAAAGAAGCGACUGGAAGGAGAACUGGCGUGCAGCGCCGACCACUGUGAGCGCCUCCUUCAGCAAGUGGCCAGGCAGAAAGCUGAGGAGCUGGACAUGGAAGCAGGAGGUCUGGCCAGGAAGAUGCAGGAGGAGGAGGCCAGAAGAUACCAGGACCAGAGACAGAUAGAAGAGCUGCAGCGUGUGCUGUGCCAGAAGGACAAGCUCCUUGAAGAUCUUGUGACCCAGAAGGACAUCAUGAGACAAGAACUCCAGCGUGUGAAGGAGGAGCUGCAGAGACGGGAGGCAGAGGAGCAGAAGGAGAAUGUGCAGCUAGGGCUGUGCAAUAUGGAGGAAAAGGCCUACGUGCAGUCGAGGGCAGAGGAGAAGCAGGUGAGGAAGUGCAGACGGCGACAGGAGGUGGAUCCAAGCAAAGAGCUCAAGGCUGCGACUGCACCCAUGGAGCAGGAAGUUGCCCCUUUCAGAAACAACACGGCUGACAUCAGGACAUGGAAAGACAAAAGUGCAGCUAGGAAGAGGAAGGGCAGUGAGGUGGAGGGGUUGGCAUCAAGUGACAACAAGCGUAAUGGGCUGAGGAAGAUGACACAGCAAACAUUGGACUCCUUCAAAGAUGUGAUCUGCCAGUCGCAGUUCUCCUUGGAGUGCACAGCAGCACUCUUCUUGUCAGAGCAAACACACAAUGUCACCAUGGCAACCAAGGCCAAGAGAGGACGCAAGAAGCUGUACCAGGAUGCCAUGCUGCUCAUUUCUCCAAACAUGACGUGUGGGGGGGCAGGUGAGGCCAAGAAGACGUGUGGGGGGGCAGGUGAGGCCAAGGAGAGCGACCAUGUGAUCAUCAAGCGGCAACUACGCUCCAAGACCAGCAGGAAGUGACAUCAUCAGAGCUGCUGAGGAGUCAUUAAAGACUUUAAAUUUAUGCUUUUUAUUUUGUCCAUUGUUAUGCUUUUGUAGCUGAGGUUGGAAAGAACUCCAAACUUUUUCAGUGGGAGAAAAUAAAAGUGAUUAGUACCUCC